AUGUGUCCCUUCUUUCUUUUUUCGUCUUUUCUUUCUUUCUUUUUUCGUCUUUUCUUUCUUUCUUUCUUUCUCCGUUCUAAUGUGUUUUCUUUCUUUCUUUUUUUUCUUUCUUUCUUACUUUGUUUACGAUUCUUUCUUUCUUUUUUUGUCUUUUCUUUCUUUCUUUCUUUCUUUCUUUCUUUCUUUCUUUCUUACGUCUACUUUACUCCAUUUCAUAUCUUUCUUUUUUUCCAUUCUCUUAGUUUGUUUACGAUUCUUUCUUUCUUUCUUUUUUCGUCUCUUCUUUCUUUCUUUUUUCUUUGUUUAACGAUUCGUUCUUUCUUUUUUUCUUUUUCUUUCUUUCUUUCCUUCUUUCUUUCUUUUUUUUUUUUUUCUUUCUUUUUUUUCUUUUUUUUUUUCUUUUUCUUUUUUUCCUUUCUUUUUUCUUUUUUUCUUUCUUUCUUUCUUUUUUUUUUUCUUUUUCUUUUUUCUUUCUUUCUUUUUCUUCAUUUUUUCUUUUCUUUCAUUUUUUUUAAUUCUUUUAUUCUUUCUUUUUUCUUUCUUUCUUUCUUUCUUUCAUUCUUUCUUUUUUUUUUUUUCUUUUUUUUCUUUCUUUCUUUUCUUUUUCUUUUUUUUAAAAUUCUUUUUUUCCUUUUUUUUUUUUUUUUUUUUUUUUCUUUCUUUUUUUUUUUUCUUUCUUUUUCUUUUUUUUUUUUUUUUUUUUUUUUUUUCUUUUUUUUUUUUCUUUUCUUUUUUUUCUUUUUUUCAUUCAAUUUUUUUUUUCUUUUUUUUCCUUUUAGUGUCAUUUUUUUCUUUUCUUUAAUUCUUUCUUUUCUUUUCUUUCUUUUUUUUUCUUUUUUCUUUUUCGUUUCUUCUGUCUCAUCCUUUUUCUUUUCCUUGAUCGCUUUAUUUCUUUCUUUCCCUCGUUUAGCGGUCCAAAUUUAUUUAUAUCCCUUCAAUUUCUUUUUUUUUGUUACCUAUUCUUCAAAUUUCUCAUGCCUUUUUUUCAUUCUUUCCAAUUUGAUUAAUUAUAUUUUUUCUUCCAAUUAUUCUUUCUUUCUUUCUUUCUUUCUUUCUUUCUUUCUUUCUUUCUUUCUUUCGUCCUUUCUUUCGUCCUUUCUUUCGUCUAACUUUUGUCUUUCUUUUUUCUUCUUUAAGGAAAAAAAGUCUUCCAGGUUUUUUUUUUUUCUUCUUUUUUUCAAGUCUCAUCUUAUCGUUUUUUUUCUCUUUUUUUUUUUUUUAAUCUUUCUUUUUCUUUAUUUUUUUUCUUUUGUUAUCUCUCUUUCUUCAUCUGCAUUUCUUUUUUUUUUCUUUUUCUUUCUUUCUUUUUUUUUUUCAUCUUUUAUGGCUCCUGUCACACCCACGAUAUAUUUAUCUCCACUGGUUCAUAUCUAUCUAUCUAUCUAUCUAUCUAUCUAUCUAUGUUCAAAUCUAUUUAUCUAUCUCUCGUUAUUAAUCUUUUUCUGUCACUGUCUAUCUCAUUCUGUCCACUAUCUAUCUAUCUAUCUAAUCUUUUUCUCCUACCUCUGUUCGAAUCUAUCUAUCUAUCUAUCUAUCUAUCUAUCUAUCUAUCUAUCUAUCAAAAUCUGCUCAUAUGUCUGUCUCUGUCUCUCUAUCUCUAUGUUUGUCUUAUUUGCUUUGUUCUCCCUCAUUCUCUUCUCCCUCAUUCUCUUCUCCCUCAUUCUCUUCUCCCUCACCCUCUCCUCCCUCAUUCUCUUCUCCCUCAUUCUCUUCUCCCUCACCCUCUCCUUCCUCAUUCUCUUCUCCCUCAUUCUCGUCUCCCUCAUUCUCUUCUCCCUCCCCCUCUCCCCCUCAUUCUCUUCUCCCCUCACCCUCUCCUUCCUCACCCUCUCCUUCCUCAUUUCUUCUCCCUCAUUCUCUUCUCCCCUCACCCUCUCCUCCCUCAUUCUCUUCUCCCUCACCCUCUCCUUCCUCAUUUUCUUCUCCCUCAUUCUCGUCUCCCUCAUUCUCUUCUCCCUCACCCUCUUCCCCUCAUUCUCUUCUCCCUCACCCUCUCCUCCCCUCAUUCUCUUCUCCCUCACCCUCUCCUUCCUCAUUCUCUUCUCCCUCACCCUCUCCUCCCUCAUUCUCUUCUCCCUCACCCUCUCCUCCCCUCAUUCUCUUCUCCCUCACCCUCUCCCCCCCUCAUUCUCUUCUCCCUCAUUCUCUUCUCCCCCACCCUCUCCCCCUCAUUCUCUUCUCCCUCAUUCUCUUCUCCCUCACCCUCUCUCCCUCAUUCUCUUCUCCCUCAUUCUCUUCUCCCUCAUUCUCUUCUCCCUCCCCCCUCCCCCCUCAUUCUCUUCUCCCUCAUUCUCUUCUCCCUCCCCUCUCCCCUCAUUCUCUCUUCUCCCUCAUUCUCUUCUCCCUCCCCUCUCCCCCCUCAUUCUCUUCUCCCUCAUUCUCUUCUCCCUCCCCCUCUCCCCCUCAUUCUCUUCUCCCCUCAUUCUCUUCUCCCUCAUUCUCUUCUCCCUCCCCUCUCCCCUCAUUCUCUUCUCCCCUCAUUCUCUUCCCCUCUCUCCCCCUCAUUCUCUUCUCCCCUCACCCUCUCCUCCCUCAUUCUCUUCUCCCUCAUUCUCUUCUCCCUCACCCUCUCCCCCUCAUUAUCUUCUCCCUCAUUCUCUUCUCCCUCACCCUCUCCUUCCUCAUUCUCUUCUCCCUCAUUCUCUUCUCCCUCAUCCUCUUCUCCUCACCUCACCCCAAUCCACUACAUUUGUGUACCGAAGAAAUCGACUUCAUUCAUUUCAUUCACUGCAACUUUUCUCUUUCAUAAUCUUUUACUUUCUUUCAUUUUUUUCUUUCUUUUUUUUUCUUUCUUUCUUUCUUUCCGAGAUAUAUUUUGUAUUUGUCGACUUGUUUGUCUAUUUUCUAUAUUUCAACUGUUCUGUCUUUUUUAACAGUUCAACCAUUCUUUCUUUCUUUCUUUCUUUCUUUCUUUCUUUCUUUCUUUCUUUCUAUGUUUCUUUCUUAUUUUCUCUUUUCGUUUGUUUUUUCUGCAUCACCCUUUUUUUCUUUGUUUUUUCUUUCCUAUUUCCACUUUUUACUUGUUUUUCUACAUUUACCUUUCUUUUGUUCUUUUUCUUUGUUUAUUUCUUUCUUGUUUCUCAUUUUCUUUGUUUAUUUAUUAUUUUCUCUUUUUGCUUGUUUUUCCACAUCUACUUUCUUUCUUUCUUUCUUUCUUUCACAUUUCCACACUUUGUUUUUUUUUUUAUAUCUCCCUUUCUUUCUUUCUUUCUUUCUUUCUUUCUUUCUUUCUUUUGUUUUUUUUUUACAUCUCUCUUUCUUUUUUCUUUUUCCAGAUUUGGUUUUCUUUCAUCUUCUCUAUUGCUUUCGCUGUCUGUUUUUCUUACUUUUCCAUUUUCUCCUUUGUUUUACUUUCUUUCAUUCUUUUCCUACAUUUCUUUCUUUCUUUCAUUCUUUCUUUCUCCUUAG